AUGGAGAUUGCCAGAGGGUUUGGGCUUGUGCUGGUUCUCGCAAUAGCGUUCAGCUCACCUUUGGUUGAUGGACUGAAAGGUGAUGAACAUGGCGUCACUCACUUCAACACUACUUCCAUUCCUAACCUUUCGCACCAAAACCACAAAUUUGUUGGAGAUGGGCAAGGAAGUAAUACAACUUCGUCUAAGGAAGUUGCAACGAAUAGUAAUAUGAACCAUGGUGGUAAAGGAGGAGGUGGUGGUGGUGGAAGUGGCGGCGGCGGUGGGGGUGGGGGUGCAAAUAGUGGAGGUGGAGGUGGAGGUGGGGGCGCUGGUGACAAAGGAAAAGUCUGA